GAAUAAUGAUGUGUGGUGGAGCUUCUUUAAAUAGUGAUACACAACGUUUUAUUCAAACAGCACUUUGUGUUACACUUUUUCAAGGUUAUGGUUUAACAGAAACAUGUGCAGCUGCAACAAUUGCUGAUCAAUAUGAUACAUCGGUUGGAAGAGUUGGAUAUCCACUUGUUUCAUGUGAAAUUCGUUUAAGGAAUUGGGAUGAAGGAAAUUAUAAAAAUACAGAUAAACCAAAUCCACGUGGAGAAAUUCUGAUUGGUGGAAAAGUUGUUGCACAAGGAUAUUAUGAUGAGACAUCAAAUGAAAAUAUUAAUUUUAUAGAAAUUAAUAAUACGAAAUAUUUUUGUACUGGAGAUAUUGGAGAAAUGUAUCCUGAUGGGACACUUAAAAUUAUUGAUCGAAAAAAAGAUUUAGUCAAAUUACGUAGUGGGGAAUAUGUUUCAUUAUCAAAAGUUGAAAUGGUUGUUAAUAAAUUUUCAAUUGUUGAAAAUUCUUGUUUAUAUGCAGCACCAUCGGCUGAAUAUAGCAUUUUAUUAAUAAAUCCAAAUCAAAAAGAAAUUACAAAUUAUGCACAAAGAAAUUUUGGUGAAAAGCAAUGGCAAAAUCUAAUCGAUGAUGAAAAAUUUAAUGAUAUGAUUCUUAAAAAUCUUCAGGAUAUAUGUAAAAAAAAUGGAAUUGAAAAAUUUGAAACUCCUCAACGUAUUAAAAUAGUUAAUGAAAGUUGGACACCUGAAACAGGUCUUGUUACGGAUGCUUUUAAAUUAAAACGAAAAGCUAUUGAACUAAAAUAUAAAGAUUAUAUUCAACAACUUUAUUAUGAGAAACCAAUUCAUGAACCUACUAAACGAAGAACAUCUCGUGUUGCACCAGAACCACAACCACAACAACAACCAAUAGCUAUCGAAACAAUUGAACUUUCAAAUAAUGUUAUCAACAAAAAUAGAUGA